AUGGGCCCCACUCCCCCAGGCGCCCUGCAACGCAUCGCAGACCUGGCCAUACGCUGCACGGCCACCUUCACUGCUGACCGCCCCUCCAUGGGGCGCAUCGCCCAGGAGAUGGAGGCUCUUCGAUCCGAGGUGUGCGGUGGGGAGGAGCCGGUGCAUAAGUCGCACAAGGUGGUGGAUGCAGAGUUGAAGGAGAGAAUGCAGGAGCAGCGGCAGAUCAGUGAGACGAUGGUGAGUGUGCUCACGUCGAUGAACACUGGCAGCACGGGGAGCUUGAGCAGCUUCUGGGGGGUUAGAGAGGCGGAAAAAGCAGGGGAUGUGAGUGGCACGGGUGCGCCCCCUCCGCCAGACGUGUGA